AUGGCUCAUAUAUACCUAGCUACCGGUUUACUGACAACUCUUUCGCUCAUAUCAGGAGGGUGCGCUGCACCUGUGUCACUAAAUAUCGUUGGGCGCGAUGUAGCACUUCUUGCAAACUACGACUAUAUUGUAGUCAGAGGCGGUACGAGUGGGCUUACUGUUGCUAACAGACUAACUAAAGAUGCAGAUAAAACCGUCCUCGUCAUUGAAUCUGGAAACCUCGACGAUCAAGAAGACGGCGUCCUGGUUCCCGGGCUCGCAGGUGGUACCGGGAAAAAAUACAUGUACAACAUGACCUGCGAGCCCCAGCCUGGUAUUAAUAACCGCACCUACAGCUUUCUCGCUGCACACGUUGUUGGCGGCGGGACUGUUGUAAAUGGUCAAGCUUUUGAUAGAGGGUCAAGAGGUGACUAUGAUUUGUGGGAAGCUUUGGGAAAUCCAGGGUGGGGAUGGGAAGGGCCACUUCCGUACUUCAAGAAGAGUGAGACCUUUACGCCCUCGCCGCCCGAGAUUGUAAAGGAAUGA